AUGAAGGGAGCCCGGAGUAUUCUGCUCUUGUUGCUUGGAUUGAUUUCAGCUUGGUCACCGACAGCUCGUUCCAUGGAGAGUAAUGGAAUGACCGCACACGUCCGCACCGGACCGGGAGAUUUAGUUCGACUGGAUUCGUUGCCUCGGUACGGUGUGAAGCAGCCGGAGACGCCCUCCGCCCACCCUAUCUACAUCAAGAGGAGCCUUAUCUAUACCAGGGAGGGGGCGUCGUACCAGACAGGGGCGAUCCAGGAGGGGGCCCAAGAAGGCGUUCACCACCAGGGGCUAGUCGGAAAGAGGAUCCAGAAGAGGACUAUCUAAAGACAUGACAGAGGGGCCUAGCUAGGAUGAGCUUGAUUUUUGGGAAGGUCCUUUCUUCGACAAAGUGAACGAACCAUUCCAGUCAG